CUCGGCGGUCGGACGCGAAGAGGCGGAGCUUUAUGCUUGUGGGUGGGGCCACGGACCCUUAGGGCGGGGGUUUUCCUCCGAGCUGAGCAGAAGGAAGACGUUUUCUGGUGGGUGGUUAGUCGCCAGCUCCUCACCCAGCUCUCACCCCACCCCGCUCAUUUUUCCGGGGCUCUCCUGGGAAGGCGGUCAGGAUCGCGGUUAAGACUGCAACCUCAGUAGUUUGACGAAACUAGCUGGGAAUGCUAGUACUGCCCCUUGACUUGGUAGGCUUCAGUUUCCCCAUCUGUCAAGUUGGAGUAACAGUACACUGACUUCCUGGGGCUGUGAUUACAUUUUUCCCUUAGGGCCAUGGCUGAGGUGCACGUGAUCGGGCAGAUCAUGGGGGCCAUCGGUUUCUCGGAAAGUAGCCUCUUCUGCAAGUGGGGCGUCCACACAGGGGCGGCAUGGAAGCUCCUGUCAGGUGUGCGGGAGGGCCAAACGCAGGUGGACACCCCCCAAGUAGGGGACAUGGCUUACUGGUCCCACCCCAUCGACCUGCACUUCGCCACCAAAGGCCUCCAAGGCUGGCCCCGGCUCCAUCUCCAGGUGUGGUCGCAGGACAGCUUCGGCCGCUGUCAGCUUUCAGGCUAUGGCUUUUGCCAUGUGCCCAGCAGUCCAGGCACCCACCAGCUGGACUGCCCUACAUGGCGGCCCCUGGGCAGCUGGCGGGAGCAGCUGGCUCGGGCCUUUGUGGGUGGCGGGCCUCAGCUGCUGCACGGGGACGCCAUCUACAGCGGGGCUGACCGCUACCGCCUGCACACAGCGGCGGGUGGCAUCGUACGCCUGGAGCUGGGGCUGCUGCUGCGCCACUUCGACCGCUACGGUGUGGAGUGCUGAUGGUGCCUCCAAGGACAGGCCGGUAUCCACACCCCUGCUGACCUGCCCAGGGCCAGGAUGGCCCAGUGCCCAGAAGCGCGGGCUCUGGACACUGUCGGAUCUGACCCCAGCCAACAGCUGGCAUGGCUUCUGUCCUGGCGAGCACCUCAGGCCCCAUGGCUGCCCCUUCAGGUCCAGUUUCCCCAUCUGUAAAAGGGGGGCAGUAAGCGUGUGGGGUCUCAUGGUGCUGGGUGAAGAAAGGCUGCUUUGCCCAUGGAAGUGCUCAAUAAAGGAGAGCAGUUCUUAA